AAUAAGUAUGGCUCCCCAUAUUGCCUGGAUUGUCUUCAUUGUCACCGCAUUUACAUCCCGGUGUGGGGGUGCAUCUUUGGAGGAAGUGAUUCUCCAACAGAGCGCCGUUUCCGGGGACGUGUCAACUUUUCGGAACGACUCGCUCCUCGUCCAGCACAAAGAUAAGACGAAUCUCCACAGCACGUACAGAUUUAAAGGGGACGAGGGUGGGAUUCCUGCCUACGAGCGAAAUGGGGACGACGCUGGGAAAGAUGCAAUUCUUUUAACGGGAGACGAGGACAAGCUCCCUUUCAAAAAGGGGAAGCGAAUUUACAUCGUCUUGCGAAGAAAUAAGGCGGGCGGGACUGACUCGUAUUACGGACAAGUAGCUAUAAUUCGAGAUGCCGCACCUCUGGACAAAACUACCUCAACAAUCACGGACGCUUCCGGCCUGUCCAAAAAGAUCGUCGUAGAAUGGACGACGUUCGACGAGCAUUUCGUCCACGGGCGGCAACCCUUUCAAAAUUUGGCGAUAUCCUGCGCCUACAGUGUCAUACUGCCCUGCUUCAUCAAUAUCAAUAUCGCGUACCCCACAUUGCCCCCCUUCAGGGAGAAGGAACCUUCCAAAGUGGUCGUCGACGAGUUGGACAAGCUUCCCAUAAAAACCGGCGAUAGUUCCGACCCGAACGAGAAUUACGAUUUGUAUCUCGACCUAGAAAUUAACUCGGUGCUUGGAAGAGCCGACAUUAUUGCAGGCAUGGUUGGAUCCCUUGUCCAGUCGACAACCGACCUGGUCUGUUCCCUUACAACAAUUGGUUGCGUCGCUGCUCACGUGGGCUCAGCUGCCGCGGGAAUCGGAAUGGAAGUCGUGGGUACGGCAAUGGCCCUCGCAGAAACAAUGGGGAGGAAGAAGCGGGAUGUCUCCAAACUGGUGGAUGACCCUUUAAAGAAAUAUCCUGGCUGGAAGACCCAGUUUUCCGCAUCAAUUUCUCCAGGAGCGUACUCUUCCCACGAAAACAUAACGGAUGGUCCAAUAUUUUACGGAUUUGGAAACUGUCCGACUUCCGGUGCGAUUGGAGCUGGAAAAAACUUUUCUACUUCACACGAAGCGCUAGAUUUUUAUCAAAAGGCGCUCCGUACAGAUUGCUUUGCAUACAUGAAACCGCUCCUCGAGUUGACCCUCACGACUGGAGUGGUAAACUGGGCCAAUCCACACUUUGAGUUUAAGGAGGGACAUGAUUUUCUGACAAAACCAAUCCUCCCCUUAAAAGAUUUGGUUACACUGACCUCCGCCGCGGAACUCGUCGCGUUUACAACCGUUCACAAAUCUGCGCUUCCACCGAGCUGGACACCGACCGCCUUUCUGCCCGGAAUCGGAAAGAAACCAAUCUCUCCCAGCGUCUCAUUCCUGACUCAAGUCUGCUUGAAAUACUUGGCCCUCGUGCGACAAAAAGCCCGCCCGCACAUGAUCCACCUAACCCGACAUAUCCUCCACUCGACCAACUCGGCCUUGAAGAAGGUUGCCGAGGAUGGGCAGAAUUUGGAAAAAUGCGCCGAUGCCGGAUGCGACAAGGACAAGGAGGUCAAUCAAAAUGAUAAGACUGCUUUAAUGGGAAUCGUUCAGUUUAUUAAGAGGGGAUUGGGACCGGUCGACAAGGGAAUGGCCACCGACGGCGAGUUGGUAACCCUAUUUGAAAAGUUCUUUAUUGAGAAUGAAGAAGCCAUUGGGAAAUUUGUGAAUGCGUUUGUGUAAACAAAAAUGGAUAUAUUGAAGUUGUGAUUAUGAAUAAAACUUCGAAAUUUCUCUGCUUCCGAUAGUACAUAGAAAUUUACUGAUAGAAUAAAAAAACCGAAUGUGUCAAACUAAA